AUGAGUCAGCCGGUGCAAAAUGGUACGGAUAACGACGUGCUGACCGAGUGUUACGAUCCGGUUGCCAUUCUGCUGAGUAGCGUAAAUCACGACACUGAAAAUCUCACUGAAGUAUUACGACAAUGCGGCGUUAAGUACAACCAACUCAGUGGUCUGGUGGAGGAGGAUCUGCGACAAAUGGGCAUGAGCAACAGUAAGGCCAUAGAGGAAAUUUUGUCUGAAAUAUCCACUCUGUCCAACCAGGAGCGACUCUACGAUAGUGUGCUUCGGAACGAGUUCCAACCUCAGGAAUAUGUGGAAACUGUUUGCCGUAACAGUAUGGAGCACAUGGAAGUGAUGAGUUGCAUGAUGCGGUUAAUUCACCUUAAGACAACAGCGUCCUUUCCUUAUAAUGUACUGCUAGAUGAGCGGCAUUAUGCAUCGGGAUAUUGCCUACAUCAGACCAAAAAGAUUAAGGAAAAGCUGGAUGAGAUUCAUUCCUAUGUUGACCUGACAGAAAAUUGUGAAGGAUCACGAUCAUUCAAACGUAAAAUAGGCCUACCUUUAAUGUUAAUUGCCGGUGCAGUAGUGUUAUCGCUUGUUUACAAGAAAACUGUUAUGUCGUAG